CUUAUAACUUGCGGUCAUGACGGGGGCACAUACGUCCAUGCGAUUACGGCCUAGUCGAAGCAGUUUAAUUUACCUGCUUGGCUGGUUGAUAAGAUUUAAUGUCAUUGCAGCACAAGAGAGUUGCAUAUGUGAUCAAACCGCAAACCUAUGCGAUCCCAAUUGUUGCUGCGAUCCUGACUGCACCACCGCCGACCGUGAUGCCUACUUUGUCGGGGGAUGUCUACCUGAGACUGGUGCAAUAGCAGAAGCAGGAGCCGCCGCUGAGCCUUUUUGUUCCCAGUUUCUGGUGGCGGUGAAUGAUCCUUCGCAGCUGGUGGACAGAUCUGAUUCGGGAGCUUUAUGCAUUGCCAUAGAUAAUAGUCCCGUCGAAGGGUUCUCGUACCCAAAUCCGCAGACAUACACCAAUACAGCUGCAUUCCAAGAAAUAUUUCAGCGUGUUCCAUUUACGUAUCAGCAGACAUCAACCGACGCAGAGAAUGCAUUGUCAACAACCCCGUACAAGUACGGAGAUUCCAUUCAAGUACGGUACGGUGGAUCGCCCAUCUUGAACGCACCCAUGCCAAUGCCAUCGGCGUUAGUGAAUGAUUUUUGUGAUGAUGCCAAUUCAGCUAAAUUUCUCGUUGCGCAAUCAACGACGUGUGCUCGACCAAUGGGAAUUACACAGUGUUCAGCUGCAACACCCUUCGAUGCAGCUUAUUACACUCGCUACACCGUCAUCACGGAUCCAGCGAACCCGGGAACAACAGUACCAAUCACACCCCAGUGCUACGACGCAUCAACCAGCGCAUCGGUAGCUUGCACGCUCGUUCCGUCAUACAGCAGCGGUUUAUGCUUGAACGGAGUUACAGAGGUACAAUACAACGUCGUAUACGAAGUUGCUGGGAGCGCCGUGAUUAGAACAGUUGGCGCGAAGAUCAUGAUUGGCACGAUUGAUGCGAAUCAGACGAGCGCACUCCAACGAUUCGCCGUCACAUUCAGUACGCCCACCUCUGCUACAACACCUCCAGUCGCGCGGUCAGGAAAUCCGGGUUACAUUGUAGGGAAGCCAGUGCUAACUGGCACGCUAUCCGGCACCUCAGUAACUGCAGGUCCCCAUUUGACUCUUGCAAAAGACAUAUAUUCGGCCUCUUCAAAUCUAAUAAGUUGCGGAACACCUACGGACGCAACAAGUCGUGUUCCCGUAACGUUUGGCACAGACGUAUCCAGUGGAUGCACGUUGCAUCUUAAUCUCCUGGAUCUGACAACAGGAUGUGCGGCUCUUGGUACUCAAAUUCAGAAUUUGCAGUUAGAGACAUUGCGGACUGUCACGCAUGUUGGGAGGAUGGGGGACGCCGAUGGGUCAGUUUUGGGGGACUGGAUCGAAGUCCUUGGGACCCUGCCAACUGUGGCGAGUUUGGUGGCCCAAACGGUUGGCGGGGUAACUUGCAGCAACCUCCUCACAAGCAUUUUCAUCGACUUCCUCGUAGCAGAUACAGGCACAACCACUUCUCCGCAACCCAGUAUCAUCGGCGCCCGGUAUCGCUAUACAACAGGCAGUUUCACCUACCGCUGCAUAAACCCAUCAGACUGUCUCUCACUGGGAAGUGCCACCCAGCCAUUCCGGAUUUCAUCGGCAGUGUCAUUCGUCUAUGUGCGACAACAGCCAGAAAUGGUUGUCCCAGCUCCACCGCGCUUGGUUAAACCACUUCCUGAUGAUGUGUUUUAUCCAUUCCACAUACCGAGUUCGGCAGCGUCGACAAAAUCUAUGGGACUGUCAUUUUGGAUGUUGUGUUUAAGUGGGAUAGCAACGGCGUGGAUGGGAGCAGUGUUGGUACGGUAAAAUAAGUACAGGUGCGAUUGUAUAUACACAUGGCAAUUAAACAAAGAAUUAGCCUAUCAUGUCC